UCCUGCUGAGACUUGUACAUUUUUACGUUUUUUUUUUUAAACUAAAAAGCUAAAUGCACACCACCAGCAAAAAUUCAAAAUAAAAUUAAAGAAAAAAAUGAAACAACUGGCUGUAGCUACUGAAACAACUGUUUCUGCCCUGGGAAUACGAAAAACUGUCGGUAGACCACGCCUUGAAGAGGAACAACCCGAGCUUCUUAAAAUAAUCGCAGAAAUUGCAUUAUAUGGUAGUGCAGCACAUGACCAGCGUCGUGCUGAUGAUAUUAGAAGCUGUAGAACACUCGAUGAUCUUCACAACCAGCUCAAUGAAAUGGGAAUUUCAAUAUCUAGAAGUGCAAUGUAUUUGCGACUGCUACCUAAAAAUUUCAGUACACAUGAGGGAAAGAGACAUGUUGCAACUGCACCAGUGCGACUUUGCAGGGCAUAAACGGAGAGUCACAAAGCUCAUCCUGAUAGUCAUUGUUGCACGACGCCAAUCCGUUAUUUGGAAUCGUUAGCCUCAUUCUUAGGUCCCAAACAAGUGGGCUUCAUAUCCCAAGAUGAUAAAGCUCGUGUCCCAAUUGGUCUCACAGCAGCUCAUAAACAAUCUCCGUUACUUAUGCAUGUCCUAGUUCGAGUGAAAUUACCAGAUCACGACUGGGUGAUUGCUGAGAGGCACAAGCUAAUUCCAUCAGUCUACGCGGGCAUUCACAUCAAACCAGGUGGAAUUGGAUCUCCAGAUGCAAUGACUUACUCUGGACCUACAUACGUCGCAAUCAGAAGUGGGAAUCAUUCCUCAUCGACAGCCGCCACGCAUUCUGAUGAUUUCCACAGGCUCAUGAAAUUGGACUGUUUCAAUGACAUCUUGAAAUCUGGAGAUACAGUUAAGCCUGUACUUAUUUUUACAGUGCAUGGCGGGCCUGACGAGAACCCACGAUACCCCAAAGUCGUUGGGUUUGGGAUUCAGCACUUCAAAAUGUACAAUUUGGAUACCUUAUACAUUGCCACUAAUGCACCUGGGCGCAGUGCGUACAAUCGUGUGGAGAGGAGGAUGGCACCUCUCAGCAGGCAACUAGCAGGUCUGAUUCUCCCACAUGAUGCUUAUGGAAAUCAUCUGAAUGGAUCUGGGAAAACUAUUGAUGUAGAUCUUGAACAAAAAAACUUUGCAAAAGCCGGAGAGACACUAGCUUUAUUAUGGAGUGAAUUGGUCGUUGAUGGGUAUGAAGUACUGGCUGAAUACAGAGACCCUGGUGGUGAAUCUGCAUUACUACUGGAGGUAGAUGCAUCAUGGUAUGAAAAGCACGCGAGGGAAUCCCAGUAUCUCUUACAGAUUGCAAAAUGUGGAGAGGAAGAAUGUUGUGGUCCUAUGCGAAGUGAUCUAUCUCUGAUACAACCAGAUCGGUUCCUCCCACCACCCUGUCGUUUGAAACAAGAUGAUCAGACGGGCCAGCUUUCAAUAUCAGUAACUCACAACACUGGAGAGGAAGCACGGUUCUUACCGUUGUUUCAACGACUCUCAAUCACGGUGCCAAGAGAUAAAUGGAUCAAAAUGCCUUAUGAUGCAUGCUGUCCAACGGUUCAAAGUCAAUUGGAGAGUAGGAUGUGCUCGCAAUGCGAAUUAUACUUUGCAUCGAAGAAAGCAGCAAAUUCAAACGUGAAGUCCAUUCACAAGAAUUCUAAAUCACGAUCAACACCAAAAUGUCGUCCUAAACGAGUAGUAGCUAGCCGUAGACAAGAACUACUGUAUAUCAUCGAAGAUGAGGACACUAAAGGAGAAGACAUUGAGUGGAGAGAUACUGACGAUGUUGAUUUCAGCCUAGAAGAUGUUGAAAUCCCACAUGUGGCCCCAGAGAAUGGAGAAGCUGGACUUCCAAUUAUUGAUUCUGUGGAGGAAUGGAUAACCAAUCCGUGGACCAGCGUGGAUUAAUGCGAAUGAAUUGCUAGUCUUCAUUAAACAAAGUUCCUAUGUGUGUCAUGUUGAAAGAACUAUAAUGAUGCUAUUCA